AUGUCUGCUCAAUUCUAUCCUCCUCCACCUCCUUCCAUUCCAACCGGAGAGCACCAGCACUUCGAGCCGCCUCCAGCAAUCACUCAACAAAGCUACUACCCACCGCCUCCUCAGACGCCCAAGUCGCCCGGAAAGCCGCCAGCUCAGCAUGUCUCCCCUCCAACCUUCGCCGCUCCCCCUUCUAUCAGCCCCCCCGUCUCUGAGAAUUCCAGCGCCAUUGCUGCAUCUCAAUCAGAGAAGGCCCUUCCAGUCUAUGCCGCACCUCCAGCCACCUCAUAUCCUCCAGAAAAGCAGAAGGAACCAGUGAAGGAAUCCGAAAUGCCCCUCUCCCCACGCUCCCCUUUCAGCAUGCGAGGCCCCAUGUCGCCAAUGGGCAUGGGCUUCGUCGGGGCGAGUGCCACCGUGGACGACACGGGCACCUUCAACGGCGGCUCUUAUCGCAUCAGCCACCGAGACACCAAUACCAUCGUCACCAUCCAGCUGGCUAUCGGCUGCCCAUUGACCGUGAAGCCGGGCCUCAUGAUCGCCAUGUCACCUACCAUGACCCUGAAGGGUGCCAUCAAGUUCAGCAUGAAGAAGAUGCUGAUUGGUGGCGAAAUCGCACACAGCCACUACACUGGCCCCGGCGAGAUUCUACUCGCCCCGCAUACCCUCGGCGACGUCACCAAUCUUCGACUGCCCGGGAACGAGACGUGGAACGUGGGCCGCGAUGCCUUCAUGGCUUCCACACAGGGCAUUGUUAGGGAGUAUGUCCGCCAGAGCCUCAGCAAGGCCCUGUUCUCCGGCGAGGGCUUGUUUGUGUACAAGAUAAGCGGGAUCGGCAUUUGCUGGAUCAUGAGCAUGGGCGCAAUCAUUCGAAAAGAUCUGAAAGACAAGGAAUUGUACGUGGUGGACAACGGUCAUCUGGUGGCCUGGAAUUGCAACUACGUGCUCGAACGAAUCGCGAGCGGUGGUAUUAUCAGUAACAUGAGUGCGGGAGAAGGCCUGGUGUGCAAGUUUACCGGACCUGGAACGGUGUACAUGCAAACUCGGAACCCGGCCGCAGUGGCAGCCUACCUUUCUGCACACGCUGGGGCGUAG